UUAAUUUGCCUUAGUGAUCACGUGACAUCUCCCACCUACGCCCUAUGUACUUCUGAAACGGAACAUCGAACGCAUCUUUUGUAUACUAUUCUGUCCCAGGAUAAAUGAAUUCUGCGUUACGAGUCGUGAGCCACGAUUAACCGCAAUUAGCGUCUCUUUAGUUACUGGACGCCAUCUUCUGCCUGUGUUAACCUACAAAAAACCAAUCGAUUGUUGAGCUUAGUAAUUAGCCAUAAUGGAGUCUGCAUCUGUUAAACUUCAGAUUAAACAAGAAGACGAUGAAAUAAAUACGUUAACUGAUAGAAAUAUUUUGUCUGGAAUGAUAAAGCGGGAAACUAACGAUAUAACGAUAAAGGUUGAUUGGGAAGCUCAAACCGAAGUGCACAAUCAGAGUUUGAAAGGACACGAGAUGGACACUGAUUUAAAAUGUGCCCAGUGCAAUUACGCAGCCAGUAACGAAUCGAAUUUAGAAGCAGAUCCGUUAAAACACAAAAUUACGAAGGUUUUCAGAUGUGACCUGUGUGGCUACACGUGCGAUUAUAAAUCUCGCUUUAAAACACAUCUGCUAACACACAGUAGUACUAAGCAUUUAAAAUGUGUUCAUUGCGAUUACGCAACCAAUAAUAAAUACCGUUUUAAAGCGCAUAUGUUAACGCACAAACGGAAGACCGCCAAAUAUUUCAAAUGUGCCCAGUGUGAUUAUGCAACGGAUUUCAAGUGCCAUUUGAGAACACAUCUGUUACAACACAAGACUACGAAGGUGUUUAAAUGUGACCUGUGUGAUUUCGCAACUAACUACACAUCUAGUAUUAAAUCACAUUUGUUACGACAUCAGACCACUAACGAUUUUAAAUGUGCACUGUGCAAUUACUCAACUAAGGACAAGUAUUAUCUGAAGACCCAUCUGUUAACUCACGAGACUUUGAUGAAUUACAAGUGCGACCAGUGUGAUUUCGCGGCCAGCUCUAAGUCGAGCUUUAGAAAACAUGUGGCAAGACACAAGACUACCAAGGAUUUAAAAUGUGCCCGGUGCGAUUACGCCAGUAACAAUAAGUACGAUUUAAGGAAACACGUGCAAACACAUAAAACCGUGAAGGAUUUAAAAUGUAACCACUGCGAUUUCGCAACCAAAUAUGAUGACUGUUUGAGAAGACAUCUAUUAAGACACAAGAACUUAACUCACGGUUCGUAUACCUAAUUAAAAUUAUCUUUUAAGUUAUUUUGAUUGACUUGUUUCGUCUUAAUAAAGUACCUGUUUUUUUGGC